UAAACAUUUUGAAUUCGUCUGCUCUGCCGUUUGUCGAAAGAAUAUUUUCUUUUAUAACUAUAAUAAAUUAAUGAAAUGAUUCUGGUACAUUCUAUUUCGUACAAGCAAAGCAUUAUAAAAUGAAAAUUUCAGUACUUCUUUGUAGAAGCUAAUUCACAGCAGCAUUUUGUUUCAUAUAAAAUGCCGAAAACUCGGCGUUCGAAAGUUUUAAAUCCAAAAGAAAUCCUCAAGACGAAAUUGCUUGAACUUUUUAGUGACCGUGACGAGAAUAACACUGAAUUAAAUGAUGUGCCGCAGAAGUGGGAAAAGCAUGGAGAUCUUAUUUUGUUACCUUCUUCAAGUUUUCGUAAAGAUGUCUGGUUGCAAUUCGGAGAUAAACUAUGGGACAUUGUUGCAGAGGCAUUGAAUGCAAAUAGAGUAGCACGUAAAUCUACUAUUCAGAAUGAUGACUUCCGUAGCCCUCGAGUUGAACUUCUGAAAGGAGAGGACAGCUGGGUUACACAUAUUGAUAAUAAAAUUAAGUAUACAUUUGAUGUCACAAAAUGUAUGUUCAGUUCUGGAAAUAUAUCUGAAAAAUUGCGAAUUGCCAAGUUUUGCUGUGAAGGUGAAACAAUCGUGGAUUUAUAUGCUGGCAUUGGAUAUUUCACUUUGCCUUUCAUCAUUCAUGCAAAAGCAGAAUUGGUACAUGCAUGUGAAUGGAAUCCUCAUGCUGCUGAAGCACUAGAGAAAAAUCUCAUUUUAAAUAAAGUUCGAGAAAAAUGUGUCAUCCAUUUUGGGGAUAACAGACAGGUUUGCCCUGAAAAAGUAGCCGACAGAGUGAAUUUAGGACUCAUACCAUCUUCCGAAUCAGGAUGGGAAACAGCCUGCAGAGCUCUGAAACCAUCUGGUGGAAUUUUGCAUGUACAUGGGAAUGUGAUUAGCAAUAUGAAAUCUAAAACAAUACCCAUGGAAAAUAAUAAAUGUAAUAUGGUGGAAUGGACUGAAUGGGCAGAACACGUGCGUUGCAAGAUAGAAACUAUUCUGUCAGAUCUGUACCAUUAUUCAUGGCUAGUGGAAGUCUUGAACAUCAAUCACAUUAAAUCAUAUGCACCACACAUUGACCAUCUUGUGGUAGAUAUUAAUUGUAAAUGUGCUGUGGGUCAAUAA